UAUUUGUUAGGAAUACAAGUUACCACAAUCCAGUGGUUGUUAAACAGUGUACUACAAACAGUAUCUAGGUGCAAAUAUUUUAUAAUUUAAGGCACGCAAAAUCUGUAUUUGAGAAUCUUCGAAACAUGUUAUGUAUAAUUUUGUUCAACAUGUCUAUGAAUAAUUAAUUAAACAAGUGAUCGCACUGUGCUUUUGUGCAUUUUUUAUAGAAUACUAAAUUCUAAUAAGAUCUGCUGCAAAAUUAAACAAUAUUCAAAAAGAGUUAAAUUGAAAUUAGGAAGUUGAUAACGGAGGAGUUAACCAUAAAAUAUUUGAAAUACAUUUGGAAGAUAAAAAAAAAAAAAAAAAAAAAAAAAAAAAAAGAAAUUGCUGCGAGUAUGUGUUAAAGUGUUCAUGAACAUUAGUCAUCAUUCUUGUAAGCUGACUACUUCUAUCAAUUUUUGCUGAUACUGCAUUCUCACUAAAUAACCCCUGGGUAGCAAUUUAUUUUUAAGGAAGUUCUGCAAAGUUAAUUAAAUUGGCUGUGAUUUGUAAAUGUUGGGUACAAACCAAACAAAAUACCUUGUGUGAUUUCAGAAUUUGAAUAUAUCUCUGGAUUAUAUUUGCUACCAAGUCACCCACUAUGAAUAACCAGGUUUUAUGCUGUGGCUUUUGAAUGCUAAACAUUUCUUCUAUGAUGUCUUCUCGAUGGGUCCGUCAAAUACAUACGUUCAGCAAAAAAUUGAUUUCAUGUAUCUGACAAAUAGUUAACUCUACUCAUAUAUGUAUAUAUAUAUAUAUGUAUACAUAUAUAUGUAACUAAUGCUAACAAAGUCGGAAAACUUUCACAAGAGCUAUAUUAUAAACUUUGCAGAACUUUCCUAUGUGGAGUAGACUAUACUUGCAAACAAUGAUAAGUAUGCAUGGAAGAAAAGGUAGCAUCCGUAAGCGGCUAUUUGUCGGUGCUACAUUUAUUGUAAUUUGCAUCUAUUUGUCCUACCAAACUUUCUCAUGCGUUGGAGGCCCUAAAGUCUACAUGGUUCCAAGCGACCCAAUACAUUACAUUUACGAUGAAAAGAAUCGAGCUAUCCCAUAUAACAAAGAUAUGCCUCUUAUUUUUAUUGGUGGAAUGCCUCGAAGUGGUACAACACUAAUGCGUGCAAUGUUAGAUGCUCAUCCUCUAGUACGAUGCGGAGAGGAGACACGAGUCAUUCCCCGUAUUCUUGCCAUGAGAUUUCAAUGGGAAAAAUCAGCUGUUGAGAAAAAGAGACUCAUGGAAGCAGGUAUGACGUCUGAUGUCGUUGAUUCAGCCAUAUCUGCUUUCAUUUUAGAAGUUAUUGCAAAACAUGGAGAAGCUGCACCUCGCUUGUGUAACAAGGAUCCCUUCACAUUAAAAUCAGGUCUUUAUCUUAAGCAGUUGUUUCCAAAUGCACGUUUUCUGCUGUUAAUACGUGACGGCAGAGCUGUUGUACACUCUAUAAUUACACGCAAAGUCACAAUUACCGGUUUUGAUUUGACCAGCUACAGUAAAUGUUUAAAGAAAUGGAACCAAGCUAUAGAAGCAAUGUACUCGCAAUGUAUUCAGGCUGGCUCCAGUAGAUGUAUGCCAGUCUAUUAUGAGAAAUUAGUUUUACAACCAGAAAUAUGGAUGCGUAAAAUUCUUGAAUUUCUUGACUUAGAAUGGGACAGCAAAGUUUUACACCAUGAAGAAUAUAUUGGAAAACCUGGUGGUAUAUCUAUUUCAAAAACUGAGCGCUCAACAGACCAAGUAAUUCAACCUGUAAAUCUAGAAGCUUUGUCAAAAUGGGUUGGUAAAAUGCCGAAGGAUGUUGUUGAAGGCAUGUCUGAAAUUGCUCCAAUGCUCGCUGUUCUUGGAUAUGAUCCAAAAGCAAACCCACCUAAUUAUGGAAAGCCUGAUGCAAUGGUGGCAGAAAAUACUCAGAAUAUACAGAAGAACAGAGAAUUCUGGAAGAAAAAAGUCGACAUAAUCAUUAAAGAUACCCCAGCAAAAGGUUCUAUCUCCAAUCGAACACAAAGUUUUCACAAAUCUCUUAGCAGAACAGAUAAGCAUUGGAGGAACACAUCAAGUCACAUGACAUGAUCUUGUAUUAACAAAGUAAAUCAAAAUUCCACCAUUACUAAAGCAGUUUAUAAUUCAGUAACCAAGGAGAUAUUUGUUAGAUGUUCCAGCAUCAUUGUAUCUCAUCAAGAAAUCUGCUGCCAUGUAAACCAGGGCAAUUUUAGUUUGAAUUUAAUCUGUGACAGAAAGAAUUACAUUUUAAAUAUUUGCUGACAGUAUGUUUAUGUGCAAAAAAACUGAAAUGGUACAAAUACACCCCCACCCCAACAAACAAACAAAAAAAAAUUAAUCAUGUACUUACUAAAAGAAGAUUAUUUUGAAAGAACUUAACCUUCUCUCUCUAUUAGUUUGCAACAUCCACAAAAACAUAUUUAGAUUUAUUUUUUCACAUACAUCAUCAAAAUAUUUUCAUUUCCACGAAAAUAUUAUUUCCAUCUUUAUUUCUCAUAAUUAUUCAUUUUUGUUGGAUUUCUUUUCAACUCUCAUUCCAAAACACAUCAGACUGACAAUGUUAAGAUAUGAACAUCAAUUAUGAAGAGAUUAAAACAGAGACAAGAAUGAAAACUGGAUUUUGUUUUAUGUAUAUUUUUACUUGGCAAUUCCAAGAAAGUUAUCAUGAAAAAAAUUUAGUCAAAAUAAAAGAUGUCAUUUUUCAUUUUUUUUUUUCCUUUUUUUCUGUUGAAGUGGGAUUAUCUUCAUCGUAUAAUACAUGUCUUUCAUUGACCACAGAAGUCGAAAAAAUGACACCACAAAUCAUAAAGUCAAAAAAAUUGACACUGCAGAUCAUAAUGUUGAGAAAGAGCCAUCAGAGAUCACGAUGUCAAAGAUAGAAAUCCCUGCCACCAAAAACAUUCAUUUCAUCAAUAAAAAGAUUUUUGCAACA